GCUUUUACGUUAAAUAGCAGUUUCUGUUAACCAGGCAACUUUAAGGAUGAUUUUUUACACGUUUUAUUUUUUUGUAAUAUUUUCACAAUAACUAGGUUAAUUAUGUUUAUAAUUUGAUUCAUAAAAUUUGUAAACUGCUGUUGUGUAAAUAUAGACAGAUAGUUGUACUUAUGUUCUUCAAAAACCUCAUUUUUAAUUAAGAUUAAGCUCAAUAUUGCAUUAUAAUGUUGAGUUUAUACCUAUUACCAGACAGGGUGCAAAAAGGCGGCAGUUUCAUGUCACCAUAUGUUGUAAUGAAUUUUUAAUAAACCUAAAACUUAAGAGCAGGCUGGUAAUGCUUUGAAUAUCAGGUGGGCAACACUGCAAAAAUUUAAAAGGCAACACUCAAAAAGAGUUGCAAACAACUGGAUGCACAGGUUUCAUUGUACCUGCUGUUUUCCACAUAAUUUGCAUAAAUUGAAUUAAUUUAAGAAACAACUAAAGAAAGGGUUUAGGGCAUUAUUCAACAAUCUGUUUCUUUUUAGAAUCAUAGGCGGCUGUUAAUCUUGUUUUGCUGCUAAUUUUGCUGCACUAAAGUAUUCAAAAUGGUUUCGGUCAUCAAUACUGUAGAUACGCUUCAUGAAGAUAUGAUUCACGACGCACAGAUGGAUUACUACGGGUUGCAACUCGCUACUUGUUCAUCAGAUCGAACAAUCAGGAUAUUUGAAGUUAAGAACGGAACGCAACGAUUGUUGUCGACACUACAAGGACACGAUGGGCCAGUGUGGCAAAUAGCAUGGUCUCAUCCAAAAUACGACAAGAUGCUCGCGUCGUGUUCAUACGAUCGCAAAGUUAUCAUAUGGAAAGAACAAGAUGGACAAUGGAACAAACUACAUGAAUACAACGACCAUGAUUCUUCUGUAAACUCUGUAUGCUGGGCUCCUCAUGAACUUGGUUUGAUGCUCGCUUGUGGUUCAUCUGAUGGCAGCGUAUCCGUGCUUAAACAUCAUGGAGAUAACCAAUGGGAGGCCACUAAGAUUAACAACGCACACACUGGCGGCUGCAACGCAGUUAGUUGGGCCCCAGCUGUGGUCCCAGGUUCACUUAUUGAGCCUCCAUCACAAAACCAACAAAACAACUUUGUGAAGAAGUUUGUUUCAGCGGGCUGCGAUAAUUUAGUCAAAGUUUGGUGUGAGAAAGAUGGUCGUUGGGAAGAAGAACAGAAACUACAAGCACACACAGAUUGGGUGAGGGACUGCGCUUGGGCGCCAUCUAUUGGAUUGCCACAAAGCAAGAUAGCAAGCUGUUCUCAGGAUCGUCGCGUUAUUAUUUGGACGUGCGACGAAGCCACUGGAGGGCAGUGGAGCUCAAAAACAUUGAAUGAGUUCGACGAUGUUGUUUGGCACGUUAGCUGGUCACUUACAGGAGAUAUUUUGGCUGUUUCUGGUGGUAAUAAUAAAGUAAGUUUGUGGAAAGAAAAGCUUGAUGGUGAUUGGUCAAUUGUGAGUGACAUCAAAAAAGGUCAACAGGGGUCAACGGAAUAAAAUAUGAUUUCUAUUGUGGAUGAAAAGAUCCGGGGACAAAAUAGUUUGCCAAAUAUAUUUAUAUUAAUCGCUAUCAGUGCAUUCCUUACUGUGUAAGAAUCAUAGAAAUCGUAUUUCUGCUGCUUACUUAUUAAAUAGAAACCUUAAUAGAAACCUUCUAUGUUAACUAUACUUACUGGUUUGUCAUCCAAAGUAUCUUAAAAAUUUGAAAUAUUCGUUGGGCAAAAUUUACUUUUUCAUUUUAAGAAUUUACAAAUUUCAUCAGUUUUAUUUUUUUGAUAUUGUGAGGCCAAUCGCCUCUGCUCUGUCCAUGAAAAUAAACAAAAAAAAACUCCCGACCCACACUGAAAAACUUAAAGUUGUAAUAACUUAGACAUUCAGAAAUCAUUUUUUUAAAGAUUUUUUUUUAUUGGGUGUUUUCACACUGUCCCUGCUCUCCCCCUAGAUGCCCCUCACCGAUAUCUAGUAGUGUAUCAGAAUAGGAUGAGAGUGUGUUAUACGAUGAACAGAUAUUACGAGUUUAAGUCAAUAUUUCGAAGCGUCGUCUUACCUCGUGUAAUGGUAUGGGUUGUGUAGAAAAUAAAUUGAACGAAACUGAA